AUAUUUUAGUAAAUUCAUACUGGAAAUUUCGCGUAGACAACAUGGGCGACCUCCUGAAGGAACUACCUUCCUUUAAUCAGCGCAAUUUUUCAAAAUAUUGCACAGAUUCUAGUUCCAAACCCACGAACCGUAGGCCUGUUGUUUACUUGCCAACUAAAGAAGAUGGAGCAGCUGAACAAGUAAUUGUCACAGAUAAAGCAAAUAUUCUAUUGAGAUAUCUACACCAGCAAUGGGAAGUCAAAAACACCCAAUCUGGCAAAAAACGUGAUGUCGAUAGCGCUGAUCUUCCUGAAACCACAGAACUUAAUCCAUCAAGGAAGGCAAAAAGAUUGAAUUAUGACGAGGAAUACAGCCCACCUGACUAGACACAGUUCAAUCUGAGUAAAAUGAUUAGAUUUUUACCACCCAUGAACGUCAACAUGUCUUUGUAAAAAUAUGUCACCCUUAUGAGGUUGAAGACUCAAUCUUUGAUUGGAAAUUCCUUUAUGGUGUAAUCAACAGUGAAUCAGAACUGUCACAUACUAGAUAUUUAUUUUCAAAGUGAACAUAAUAAUUAGUAAUGAUGGAAGUGUUACAGGUCAGUCAUGGUUUCUCACACCUCACACUUGUCUCCUAUAAAUUUGGCAUUGUUUUGAACUUGCAUCAGGGUGUCACAAUGAAUUAUAUUUCCCCCGAUUUCCUAAACCCCUGUUAUUUUGAUGUUAGGCUCCUUCCAACUUCCUAUGGGUUCUCAUCAUUUUAGCCUUUCCUUAAACAUCUCAGGGCCUUGAUAUCCAUAACAUUUUCUGGCCCCAGUUGUUGGAUGGCUGGUUAAAACUAUCCAAUGAAUAAAUCCCUGUCAGGUGGAUGGUGCAGUAUGUUUUUCUGACACCCAUCUGCUGGAUAGAUAUUUAUUCUCCCUUUGGACAAGUGGCCCCUUGUGGUCUGAAGAAAAUUGUUUUCCUAGUACUGUCCCUACAAUUUUGCCCCUACAUCUCAAUCCAAGAGCAACAAGAACAAGACAACUUGAUUGUAAUGGUAAACCAUGAAUCUUUUAUGUAGUGACAAUCAUUAACUGCACUAUUCCACUCUGGUGCAUUUAGGCAGUCUAAUGUGUGAUUUUUAAUUACAUUUUACAUUAAGUCUUAAACAAUAAUGCUAAGUACUGUAUUGAUAUUGCAAAGAGAAAUUGAAUAUCAAUCACGUUAAGGUUAUCUCUAAUAAAAGAACACUGUCCAAGAAA